AUGUUAAAAUUAUUAGCUUCUUACAAUAAAGAAGUGGAUGCAGUUGUCUUGGAGAAUGCUCCUCAAAAUGCAAUAUACACAUCAGCUUCUAUUCAAAAGGAAAUUCUACAUGUUUUUGCUAGAAAGGUACAAAAUAAAAUUCGCAAUAAGAUUGGUAAUGCAAAAUUUUGUUUGAUUGUUGAUGAAGCUAGAGAUGAAUCUAAAAGAGAACAAAUGGCACUUGUUAGAUUUAUUGAUAAGCAUGGAUUUGUCAAAGAAAGGCUAAUAGAUGUUGUUCAUGUCAAAGAUACUACUUCUGCUACUCUAAAAGAAGAAAUUUGUUUUGCAUUGUCUCAUCACAAUCUCAACAUUCAAAAUCUAGCUCUUGUUGCUGCGGCUAAAGAAGUUUUUGAUGUUCAUGUUUUUUUUUUCCAAAGUUUGAGUAAUAUUAUCAAUGUUGUAUGCUCUUCUUGCAAACGCAAUGAUGAAUUACGAUAUGCUUAUGCAACUGAAAUUUCCCAUUUAGUUGCAACUAAUCAAAUUGAAACAGAAAGGGGAGCAAAUCAAAUUGGUACAUUAAAAAGAUCAGGAGAUACUAGGUGGUGCUCUCACUUCAACUCAAUUUAUAGCCUUUUACGUAUGUUUGGAGCAACAACUUCAGUUCUGGAAGAUUUGGCUACUAAUGGAUCUACAUAUUCUCAACGUGGUGAUGCUACUUAUGCUCGUAAAUCUUUAUUAUCAUUUGAUUUUGUUUUUAUUUUGCAUAUGAUGAAAGAAAUCAUAGGAAUCACUAAUAAACUUUGUCAAACAUUACAACAAAAAUCUCAAGACAUUUUGAAUGCUAUGCAUCUGAUUUCUAGUACAAAGUCAUUGAUUCAACAGUUAAGAGAUAGUAGUUGGGGAGCACUUUUGAAGAAAGUUAGUUCUUUCUACAAUGAUCAUGCUAUUUAG